UUCUACCGAAGUUAAAAAGAGGAGGGAAGGAGGGAUCAGGGAGCUAGUAAAGCAAAGCACACUGGCAGAUUCUUUUUUCUCGCCAUUAAUUCCUCCCCCUUUACCUUCUGCACUUCCCCACUUUCUCUUUCCUUCAUCUUCUUCCCUUCCAACCAACGCAGCGCCGCUCUUUCGCCGAAGCCUACGAGACGGCUUAUGCUGAAACAACCCUUCCAUGGAACAAGCAAACCGUGAGUUUUCCAGGUAAUUUCUCCAACGCGCCCUCCGAUCAUCUUCGAAUGGCGACCUCCUCCGCGUCCGCCUUCGCCCUUUCGCUCCUCCUCCCUCUCGUCAUCGCUUCCUCGUCGGUGGCAGACCAAAACAAAGGCAAACCUUUCUUUUUCUCCUUCGUCGGAUCGGACAAAAAUCGAACUUUGGGCUCUGAGUUCGCCCUCUACGGCGACGCGGAGCUGAGCGACUCGGCGGUGAGGCUCACGCGUCCAGCGAAAGCCAGCACAGGACGCGUGGCCUACCGGAAGCCGGUUAGGUUCUUCGGGACCAACCCCGGGUUCUCUUCUUCCUUCUCGUUCGCUCUUUCCCCCGGCCAUGGCGGAGGUCUGGCCUUCUUCCUCUCUCCGAGUGGUGUUCAGCUGGAACCGGUGAACGGCCAUUGGUCUAGGGUUUCCACCAGUCUCGUAGCUGUGAGGUUCGAGACGGCAAAAACAGAUAAAAUCACUAACCUAACGGAAACCCUAAUUGAAAUUGACGUGGAAAGCAGCAAUCUUUCAGGCAACAAUUUGGUGCUCGAUCUCGACAACGGAAGGAAGUUCAAGUCUUGGAUAGAUUACGACGGCAAAUCGAAGAGAAUCGAAGUGAGACUGAGCCUCGAAAAGGAAUCAAAGCCGAUAAACUUUUCCGUUUCUUACUCGAUGGAUUUGUCGUACCUGUUGUGGCGGGAGGCGGCGUUGGUGGUUCUCAGCUCCUGGAGCAGCCAUUCUUCACAGGGCAGCAGCAUCUAUUCGUGGAAUUUCACACAGAAGCAUGGAGCUCCAUUUCUGAUGCAUUCCGAGCCCCUGGAUCCCAAUUCAUUCCUGAUGCGAUCCAACGAGAGCGCUCGGGUUCAUCCGAUAAGAUCGUAUCCUUGGGAAGGAUUGAUCGCCAUGGUGUUCGCUGCCGCUUGUGGCGCAAUGCUAGCGUUCUUCACCGUGUUCGUGUGGUCUGCGCUCCGAUCACGGAGGCCAGUGGCUCCGGUGGACUGCCCUGUGCCGCCUGUGGGAAUUGCAUGUGAAAAGAUGGAAUCCGUUGGAGUGAAGAUCCUAGAGAAUGAUAAGUAGUAGGUUUUAAGAAGUGUAGUUUGGUGUUUGUACAUUUCUUGCGUUUCUCGUGAGUUCUUGUCUUGCUACUCUGCUUGAUGGAAACUGUAGCUUUUGUAGCAAAGUUUGGCAAAUGCUAUAAUUUCCAUCAAGAGAUGGAACUGUUUCAUCUGUACUUCAUUUAUCAAUGUAAUUUAAGCUAAAACUGCAUUUGUGCCCUCA